AUGGCAUCAACACUUCUGGCCACCACCGCAAUCAUGCUCAGCUCACCGAUCGCGGAAAUGCUCUUGACAAGCCUCAGCGGGAGCUCAACCAAGCCCGGAGCGCAGGCAUUCAUGGUGGGGUAUAGGACCAACCUCGGCCUCUCCAUCAAACUGUUCUCCAUCCUAGUCCGCUUCAUGCUGGACUUCCUCCUCAACGUCCAAUCCAUCCGGUACUACACCCACACCAGCAUCCUCAUCACCGUGCGUCUCAAGCGCCACCGCUCACCCGCACACUGCCUCACCGCCGACUACGUCGCGAACACCAUGAACAAGGGGAGCUAUUUCUGGUCCACUGGAAUCCAUGCCUUCUUAUGCCUUCAGAAGAGAAUCGUGCUGCUGCUGCUGCAGAUUGAUUGUCGACUCCAAUCUUGA